GAGGCUUUUUGCAUAUUUCAAGAGGUUCUUAGCUUUGGUGUACCAUAAAAGAUUUUUAUGAAACUUUCUCGGCAAGGAUGUAGUAGAACAGUUAUUGGUACAAGUGAGAGAGGAUUCUUCAGAGCGUUGGUAAAUGAGAAUGGAUUUUAUCCAAAGGACUCUGAGGUGACUAUAGAGGAAAUAGAGAACUAUGGUGACAUAGCAAUGAAAGGAUCCAAAAAUGGAAGCUCUGCAAUUGUAAGCAUAAGAAUAAAAACAGAAGAGUCUGCUCCAAUAAAUGCGCAAAAGAUAAAACUAAAUAACGAGGUAGUUGCGAAUGUUUCCGUGGAUGUGCUUGUAGACACGGGGGCAGUUCAAGAAAUAGUGCAGGCUUGUUUGGCAGAGGCACAAAGACUGCUGACUGUUCCAGACAUAAAAGAGCUAUUUAAAAACAGACAUUCAAUUGCCAAAAACAUUUACAGGGCCGAGCAGCGGAAAAUAAACAAAAAAACAGUUACAUAUGGCCUGGUAGAUGACAAGUUUUUCAUAUCACCAAUACUCCAGGAGUAUGCAGCGUCAGAUGCUAUUAUAUGCAUUACAUCUGAAAAUAAUAAAAUAAUAGACAUUUCUAUAGAAAAAGGCGCAGUCUCGCCAAAAAUACUAAAUAAACUAAUUCGGCAGCAGGUGGAAUAAUAUUUACUGCCGCUCUAAAAUGAUUAUAAACUAACAGGCUGCGGGGUAGGGCCAUUAAAUGAAUUUAUUGCUAGCAUGCUGUGCUAUAGGAUAAAUACACGAGCGUAUAUUUAAUUUUCUGCCUAUUUACUGCUGCUAUAAGAAAUACUUCCUGUGUAUUUUCAAUUAAACACAGUGUUUAUAAAUGUGUAUCAGCUGAUUUUUGGAUAUAUAAACAUUUAAUAUUUAUGAGCAGUUAUAAUAUACGUCAAAUGGUUAAUUGCCAUCUAUAAAGAGAAAGAAAAAUAAAGAAUACAUUAAAAUAAGAAACCAUGCGAUAAAUAUAUUCAUAUAUUAUAAAAGAAAUAAAAAUA